GUCGCGAGGCUUACCCGGAAGGGAGCCGAAGCCCGGUCACCUUUGAUCGGCCUGCGAGUGGAAUAUUGGCCGCGGUAACCGUGUCGGGAUGUGGUUCGAGAUUCUCCCUGGACUUGCCGCCAUGGGCAUUUGUUUGGUCAUCCCCGGAGUGGCGACUGCGUACAUCAACAAGUUCACCAACGGUGGCAAGGAAAAAAGAAUUGCUCGUUAUGUGCAACAAUGGCACUUGAUGGAAAGAGAUAGGCGCAUCUCUGGAGUUAAUCGCUACUAUGUGUCGAAGGGUUUGGAGAACAUUGAUUAAGGAAGCAUAUUCCUGAUGGAUGAAAAAAUAACUCAGUAAUGGUCAUCUACCCCUACUAGAAGGUCAUACAGCGUCUUAUGUAGCAUGCAGUAUGUUAUAUAGUGCUUAAUAACAAUAAAAUGAGAAAGAAAAA